AUGCCUCCUCACGAAGGAUUGGUUCAUCUCAAAGAGUACGACAUCAAAGACAGCAAUGUAGAAUUGAUCGGUUCGGACAUCGACCACCGCGUCAAAUACAACUCAGCCGCGUCCGAGCCAGCCUGGAACAACGGGCAGGUGGGACAAGAAUGCGGGCUCUUCAUCUGGCGCAUUGAAAACUUCGAGGUCGUCACCUGGCCCAAGGAACGAACAGGCGACUUCUACGACGGCGACAGCUAUAUUGUUCUGCACUCCUACAAGGUUGAGAACAAGCUGUGCCAUGAUAUCUUCUUCUGGCUGGGAAGCAAGACCACCCAGGAUGAGGCGGGCACGGCCGCGUACAAGACCGUCGAGCUCGAUGAGUUCCUGCACGGUACUGCAACGCAGCAUCGCGAAGUCCAGGCCCACCCGUCAGCGGAGUUCAUGGCGCUCUUCCGUCGGCUCAGCAUUCUGUCCGGUGGCGUGCGGUCCGGCUUCACUCACGUUGAGACAGAGCAGAAGUCAUCGAAAAAGCACGUCACGCUCCUGCGCAUCUUCAAGCACCCUGGUGCUGUGCGAGCUGAUUCAGUCAUUGUGUACGAGGUGGAGCCGACCUGGCAGAGUCUCGACGACAAUGACGUCUUUGUCUUGGAUCAGGGUGAGAAAAUCUGGGUCUGGCAGGGCAAGAACUGUAGCCCGAUGGAAAAGGCAAAAGCCGCGCAGGUGGUCAACGAUAUGACUCUUGCUAAACAUAUCGACGUCGAGGUUCUUUCCCAGCUGGAGUCACGGUCCAAGAUCAUCGUGGACCUCCUUGGCGGCAAGGAUAUCCAGCAGUCGUCCUUCCAGGCACCGCGGCCUGGCACUUUCCCUACAAGCGGGCAUCGGGGUAUCGACGUGUCCCAGUCCCACAAGCUAUUCCGACUCAGUGACGCCACAGGGUCGCUUUCAUUUGAUCUCAUCAAGGAUGGUCAGCAGAUAUCCCCUUCCGACUUGGACGGAAACGACGUUUUUCUCUGCGACACCGGUAGCAGACUGUGGGUUUGGCAAGGCUCGCGGGCGAGUAGACGGGAGAAGGCGCUGUGGCUCAAGGUUGCCCAAUCCUAUAUCCGGCGAAUUCAAGAGGAUAGGACCAACUCGGCUGCCCAUCUGAUUCCGAUCUCAAAUGUGGUGCAAGGUCAUGAGAGUCCGGCAUUUUGGAAGGCUAUCAGAGUUUGA